CACUCGUAACGUAUAUACAAAAUGUAAAAUUGUCAGUUUCAUUUCGCUUUUUCAAGCGAACCAACUAUGGAAAGUUCUUUUAUCCUGUAUCUCAUUAUUUCAUUCAAUUGUUUUAUUUUAUCUGUGUGUCGUGAUGAUCGUGUUUUAUAUCCAAAUUUUCAAAUUUCAUUGAGUCAAUUUCGAAAGAAUUGCAAACGAAAGAAUUUACUGCCAGCAAUUGUUAAUAUUCAACAGGAAUAUGCAAAUGUUUUAAAUGAAAUCUCAGAGGAUUUACUUUUGAAAAUUUACUACAAGGAGACAAAUAGCAAUAUUAUAAAUAACGCUAUUGAACAUUUUUGCAACAAUAAUACAAAUUUAAAUUAUUUAUUGUACAAUGCCGCCGAUAAAAUGCUUGGAUGUUUGGAUAAUUCGGAAAAUGUUGACGCACAAAGUUUGAAGCAAAUGAUGUUGAGUAAAAUUUGCAAUGAUCAAGCAAUACGACUGUUCUAUAAUAUGGGUUUUUAUUAUAAUUCAAUGAGAAGUUGCUUUUGGGAGGUGGCAAAAAAUAUUUCGCAAUGCUUUAUAGAACAAUGUGAUCAUCGCUUAUGGCGUAUUGCAGAAAAUUGUGAAUGCGUUGGAGCAAAUUGUUCUCUAUGUAAUGAAAUCUGUUAUGACCCUUUUUACAAUAAUAUUCUUCUGUACGCUCCAAUCAAUUUCAGUCAAAAGGAAUGCGAUGAUCUGCACAGAAGGGUUAAUUGUCAACUUGAUGUAGUGAAACACUGCGCAACGUCAGUUGUAAAACUUUCGUAUGAAUUGAUUUACAGUUUAGAAAGGGUGCCACAUUGUAGAUCCAAAGUUCCAGAUUGGCAUUAGAUUUUUAUAUUUAAAUUUUUUUUUAAGGGAUUUCGUCCAGAUAUAGACAGACAAACAAAGUCGAUAUUUUAGGAUUUUUUUCUGAGAAAACUAUUGAGUAUUUCAAUUUAAAACUUAAUGUACAUAUAAAGGGUACAUUGAACUUUAUUUUGACAUAUUUUAUAUGUGGAAAUAAUUUUUUUUAAAACUUUUAUAAAGAAUUUUCGGGAGCUAAUCCGAAGGACUGGACAAUAAAAGCAUUAUUUAUAAAAUAAAACUUUAUUUUUGAAAAUA